AUACUAAAAAAUGUGUGCGUGUACUAGUGUACACACGUAAGAAGUGAAACUUAUUUAUGGCCUUAUUUUUCGAAAAAUGAUCUACAUGCAACUUUCUAGAAAUUGGUUAAAUAAAGUUAAAUUAGAUAAAGUUUAAACAAAAGGAUUUUAUUAUCAUAGACAUGAAUACAAAAAAGUUAAAUUAGAUAAAGUUUAAACAAAAGGAUUUUAUUAUCAUAGACAUGAAUACAAAACAGAUGGCGCGUAACGGAAAAAUGUGACGCGUAACCGAAAAACGUGACGGUAAAUUUUUUUCCAACGCCGAUAAGGAAGUUUCACUUCAAUAAUAUGAAUUUUCAAGAAUAAAGAAAAGCUAUUUUAUAUUGUAGUAUAUCAGUCGAUAGCACUAUUUAAGUAAGUAGGUACUAAUUUAUUGCUUUAAAUUUGUAGACAGAUUUACGAACCACCUGAUGAAGAUUAUGUGCUUACAGAAUACCAUAGAUAUCAGAAAAGGAAUGCCUCUUACAUAUAUUAGAUCGCAGUGAACUACGUUUUAUAACGACUUCAUCUACCGCUAUACAAUAAUAUGGUGAUUCAGAUAAUUUUAUUAAUAUGUAUUCGACGAUGAAAUACAAUCUCGGUUUCGACUAAGUAUCCGCAGACACUAGAUUUGUUUAUUGUGUGAAUUAUAUUAUUUAUAUAAAGGUUUAGAACAGAAAAGGUAGAGAGGUGAUACUUACUUAAAAAAAUCUACCUAAGAUACCACCAAUAAAUAGGCGUAAUUUUUUUGUUUGAUUUUCAUAACACUCACUUUAUUUCAUCAUAUAAUUUGUUACCAUAGCUAUAAAGACUCAUGAUUUGGAAUUCAUUAACUUUAUAAAAACUCAAAAGUAUGUCUAAAAUGCCACUUGAAUUCUGUUUUUGUGGGAGCUUUUAUAAAACAAGGACACAGUACACAUAUAUUGUCGUAUAGCCUGGUUACUGAUCUGUACACAAGAUGAUACCUCUAUCGCUCGAAACUCUACAAAAAGUUUUGACAGAUACUGUCAAACAAUUUGACGUUAAUUCGUAGCUAGCUUCACGAUGUUUCCACCCGCAUUCCGCACUGCGUUCAGAAUUCAGAUUCCGAAUUCUAGUUAUUCUAGUCUGGAAGUCACAGAGCGAGGGUGUAUGCGUUUAUUUGAAUCGCUCGUAUACAACGAAAAUAAAUUAUUAUCUUAUAAAUUACUACUGGUACACGUGCUAUGUAAAAUGUGGAGAUUGUUUAUGAUAUUCUACGUUUAAAAUAAAGACUGCAACAUGAGAGCCAGACUACUCCGCUGCAGGCCCUUCUCCACUCGAAUCCUCGCAAUCGUGUUGCUCGUAGUGGGGUUCGGCGUGUAUUGCUACUACUACAGUGCUUCGCCGUCGUAUCCCACAAAAUCAGAUAACAGCUUGGCGAACAGCGAUGAGAUCAUACUGAGACCGUUGCAGAUAAUGCAGCGGACACCGAAAUAUAAAAAGGCACCCAGUCAGUGUCCAGUUCUCAAAGAAAGCGAUGCUGACAUUGACACCAUGUCGCUGUAUCCAUCGUUCGAGUUCCAGCCGAGCUGGUUGCGCACAAAGGAAUUCUGGGACAGGACCUUUGAGGAAAGAUACGAGAAGAUAAAGAACGAUAGCCGUCGACCAAGACUUAAGGUGAUCGUCGUGCCUCAUUCUCACAAUGACCCGGGAUGGCUGAAGACCUUCGAGCACUACUUCGAAUGGAAAACCAAAAACAUCAUCAACAACAUAGUGCAGAAAUUACAUCAGUACCCGAACAUGACUUUCAUCUGGACUGAGAUAUCGUUCCUCAACUCUUGGUGGGAAAGGUCUCAUCCCAUUAAGCAAAAGGCAUUAAAGAAACUCAUAAAAGAAGGACGCCUGGAGAUCACAACUGGCGGCUGGGUGAUGCCCGAUGAAGCUUGCACUCAUAUUUACGCGUUGGUUGAUCAGUUCAUUGAAGGUCAUCACUGGGUGAAAACCAACCUCGGUAUAGUUCCCAAAACCGGUUGGUCCAUCGACCCCUUCGGUCACGGCCCAACUGUACCUUACAUAUUGGACAAAAGCGGGUUAGAAGGAACCAUAAUUCAGAGGAUUCAUUACGCGUGGAAACAAUGGUUCGCUCAACGGCAGAUCGAGGAAUUCUACUGGAUCACUGGCUGGAAGUCAAAAAAGCCAACGAUGAUCGUUCACAACCAACCUUUCGACAUAUAUUCUAUAAAGAGCACGUGCGGCCCUCAUCCCUCGAUCUGUCUCAGUUUCGAUUUCAGAAAGAUUCCCGGCGAGUAUUCCGAAUACACCGCCAAACACGAGGACAUUACUGAACAAAAUCUCCACUCCAAAUCGAAAACGUUAAUAGAGGAAUACGAUCGCAUCGGUUCGUUGACUACCCACAACGUGGUCCUGGUGCCGCUGGGCGACGACUUCCGAUACGAUUACGACAUCGAAUUCGACGCCCAAUACAUCAAUUACAUGAAAAUGUUCAAUUACAUUAACGGCCACAAGGAACUAUUCAACGCUGAUGUUCAAUUCGGCACUCCUUUGGACUAUUUCAAUGCGAUGAAAGAACGUCAAUCCGAUAUUCCGACGCUGAAAGGAGAUUUCUUCGUUUACUCCGAUAUAUUUAGCGAAGGUAAGCCAGCUUAUUGGUCCGGGUAUUACACCACACGACCGUAUUUAAAGAUCCUCACGCGGCAGCUGGAACAUCAACUUCGUACCGCAGAAAUAUUAUUCACCCUGGUUUCAAACUACUUGAAGCAGUUAGACGAUCGCAAACUGAUAUCGUCCGAGAAGAAACUUGAAAAGUCAUAUGAGAACCUGAUCACCGCGAGGCGAAACUUAGGUCUCUUCCAGCAUCACGACGCUAUUACUGGGACAUCGAAAUCUGCUGUUAUGCAGGACUACGGCACCAAAUUGUUCACGAGCAUCAACCACUGCAUUCGGCUGCAGGAGACCGCCCUUACUACUAUAAUGGUUCCAGACGAAACCCUGCACGGACAGAAUAUCAUACAAAGCGAAAUGGAAUGGGAAACAUACGGAAAACCAAUCAAGAAACUACAAGUAUCAUAUGUGGACAAGAAGAAAGUUAUCCUGUUCAAUCCCCUAGUCGAGAGCAGAACUGAAAUCAUAACGCUCUCCUCAAACACAACUAAUGUUCGAGUUUACGAUACGAGACAAGGCAAGCACGUGCAAUAUCAGAUCGCGCCUAAUAUAGACGUACACGAAGACGGAAAACGCGUCAUAAGCGACACCAACUUUGACAUAACGUUUGUGGCAACACUCCCGCCGCUCACCUCGGUCACUUUCAAUCUCGAAGAGCACGUCGGUGUGGCUAACCACUGCGUUGUGUUCUGUAACAGCUGCAACGAUAAAUCGGACGGCGAAAGUCUAUUCGUAACGAAGAAAAUGAUGCCCGGAGACAUUCAACUGGAGAACUCUGUGCUAAAGCUAUUGAUUAACAGGCACACCGGCUUCCUUAGACAGAUAUACAGAAAAGACGUUUAUAAAAAGAACGUUGUCGAAAUGCAAUUCGGUGCAUAUCAGAGCGCCCAGAGACACUCUGGAGCGUAUCUGUUUAUGCCCGAUUACGAUUCUCCAGAGAAGAACGUUCUGAACACAUACUCGAACUGGGACAAACAAUCCGAAGACAACAUUAUUAUCGUUUCCGGUCCCGUAUCGCGGGAGAUCACGAUUAUGUAUUUGCCGUUCCUCAUACACACAAUUAAGAUUUUUGACGUCGACGAUCCGAUACUGUCCCGAGCGGUGCUCGUCGAAAACAUAGUAGAUUUCGAGGAUCCACCAAAGAACCGAGACACAGAACUUUUUAUGAGAAUUCAAACCGACAUACAGAACGGCGAACCGCCCGAAUUCUACACCGACCAGAACGGCUUUCAAUAUCAGAAACGUACAAAAAUCGAUAAGCUUGGCAUCGAAGCUAAUUAUUAUCCUAUCACGACUAUGGCUUGGAUGCAGGACAAAGAAACGAGACUGACUUUGAUUACUAAUCACGCGCAGGGAGCCGCCUCAUACGAACCGGGGCGCUUGGAAGUGAUGCUCGAUAGACGCACGCUCUACGACGAUUUUAGAGGCAUCGGCGAAGGAGUGGUCGACAAUAAGCCCACCACAUUCCAAAACUGGCUCCUACUGGAGACGAUGCCUGGGGCACGAAUCGGAAAAGACAACACUGAUUCUAUGAACACGAGAAACUUUAGUCCAGAACAGAAGACUAACCAUUAUGAGUUGCCUUCUCACUCAGCCGACUAUUUGAGCAGAACCUUCAAUUAUCCAGUCAACGUAUACCUUUUGGAUACUAGCGAAAUGGGAGAAGUGGCUAUCAAGUCGUCUCAAACGUUCGUGGAGAACUUCCCUAACGGCAUACAUUUGGUGACACUCCGGACCAUAACCGACGACGUCUUAGAACAGUUCCCCAGUACAUCGAGCUACAUGGUCUUGCAGAGACCGGGUUAUUCCUGUACUAUCGGUAAAUUCUCAAAACGAGUUCCCAGUUUUAAUUCGAAAUCGAAAUUUAGCGGACUCAUCAUCAACAACUUGACUUCAGUCAGUUUGACGGGUCUAAAAACCUACCAGCACCUGUACGACUUAGAAGACAUCGAACUUGAACCGAUGGAGGUGAAGACGUACAAAAUCAAGUUCUAAAGACUGCUGUUUCAUAAAAUAAUACAAAUAUACAUUUUAUAUAAAUAAAUUCCCUCGCGGUAAUGGAAAUUGCGUAACUAGUGAAUUACAUUUACGGUGAUAUUUAGUUUUAGUAUCUCCGUGUCUAUAUAUCCAAUUAGUAACGAUUGAUAUUUAAUAUUGAUGAAAAUAUUACAUAUUUGAUUUAUAUAUAGAUAGCACUGAUAAAUUCGCAGUUGAUUUUUAAAAUGCGAGUUAUUAGUUCAAAUAGCCGCUAAUCUUGCCUCGUUGUUUCGCCAGAUUCAUUAACUGAUGUGAAAAAUUUAUAAAAAUUUAACUAUAUUCAUCUACCUCAAAACCAAAUGAAAUUUAUAAAAAUGAAUGUUACAUAACAAACUUACUAACAGUUUAUAAGUUAACAUAAUUCAACUUAAAGCACAGUUAAUUUUUUAGUUGAAUCUCUGAUAUAAAUAAAAUUGUUGUCCAGUAAUUUUUAUGUUUGUUGAUUUUAUUAUUAUUAUUAUUAUUGAACGCACUGAUUAAUCUGACAAUUUAUUUAAUUAAAGGGUUUAUAUUUAAGUUAUAAUAGUGCACGAUGUUAUUUUGCUGUGAUAGCCAUCAUGACACCGUCUCGCUAUAUAGUUAGUUACCAAAAAUAUGAUUUAUUUUAUUUAAUUUAUAUUUAUUAAGCGUGUUUAUUCUAUUACCAACUGCUUCAAAAGUUAAUGGACACAAGAAUUUUAAUCUACAUAGACAAAUGCUUUGCCAAACGUUUCUAUGAAACUGUUUUUAUAUAUUACAUAUUUUUUAUUAAUAAUUUUAAUAUUAUUAACUUUAGUAUAAGAAGAUUGUUGUUAGGCCAAUAUGUGUAGUUAUGAAAUUUUGUAAUAAAAUGUUAAUGUUUUUAUUAUUUUUUUUCAUUCAUUUUGGGUUGUGCUGUAGAUUAUUUCAUAUUAAUUUUAUUUUGUUCUAUAAAACAUAUUAUGACUGAAUUACGUGGCAAGUUUAAAAUCAAUGUGAAUAAUAUGUGGCUAAUUAAAACAAGCCAGUGUUGGCGAGGACCAAACAAAUUAAUAUUUCCAUUUUAAAAACUUUUCUGUGUGUCUGUUUGAUAAUUAACAUUUGUUUUAAAUAUAGAAAUAUAUAUUUUCAGUAGGUUAGAGUAAAAAAUAUAAUAGUAUAAAAGUGCACUUUUUAGAUUGCAAAGUAAAUUUCACGAAUAUAUUCCAUUGUAUUGUGACGAUCUGGGCUUGUGACGUUUCGCUUUACAAUUAAAGUUCAAAGAUUCUAUUAUUAUAGAUAAAAUAUAAAUUUAGCUGUUUGCACGAUAUUUUCUGUUGUAAUUAAUUUACUAUCUGUAAUCAUCAUAUAUUAUAUUAUUAAAGUUUGAUUAUAAAAAUUUUGUUCCAAAAAGAUUUCUGAAUCUUUGUGACUUUCGAUGAUUUUUUAUUGUGAUUUGGUUGUAUUUCAAAAUUUAUUAUAGUUAUGAAUUAUUUAUUAAUUCUAAGUAAAUGAUGUACAUGUUUUUAUUUAAGAAAAGUCGGUAGUUGAAAAUAAAAUAUUAAUGAAAAA